AUGAUUACAUCUCUCCAGAAAUCAAUUUCCCAACUACUGGCUGCUUCUGGAAUAGAUGAAGCCCAGUUCAAGAUCUUACUUUGCACAUUGCUCUCAUUUCCCUUCAGUGCAAUUUUUAAAAGACUUCCUGAUACCCGCUAUUCAUUGAAGAAUUUCUAUGUUGUUGGGGUGUCCGCAUUUUACAUAUUUGGUGUCUUGGAUAUCAAGUACGGACUCUGGCCUUUAGUGUUCUCUGCGACCGGCUGCUAUUUUAUUACCAGAUACUUGAGAACAGAUCUGAUGCCAUGGAUCAAUUUCUUGUUUUUGAUGACCCAUUUAUCAUACAGUCAUAUCCACGCUCAAUUCUUUAACGAAUAUGAUCCUACGGUGAUUGACAUCACUGGUGCCCAAAUGGUAUUGGUGAUGAAGCUCUCUGCGUUUGGAUGGAACGUUCAUGAUGGGAAGCAAGCAACACAACCGUCUGAGUACACUAAGCAGAGAGCUAUAAAGAAGCAUCCUAAUGUCCUUCCAUAUAUGGGCUAUGUAUUUUUCUAUCCAUCUUUGCUUACUGGUCCUGCUUUUGAUUACGUGGAUUAUGACAAGUUUAUCCACAGUACGUUGUUUGAUGACGUUCCGGAAGAGAAGCGCCCAGGUAAGAAACGGAAGAGAAGAAUUCCUCGAAGUGGAAGACAGUCGUUUUACAAGGUGUGCCAAGGUGUAUUUUUUGCAUUGUUGUAUUUGCAGUUGCCAAAAUACGUGAAUCUUGAUUAUGUUUUCAGCGAUAGCUUUGUUCUGCGCCAUUCAUUCCUUUUCAGAAUCUUCUAUUUAUGGAUCCUUGGUAUCGGACACAGAUUGAAAUACUAUACUAUUUGGCUCAUAGCCGAAGGUGCAUGUAUCUUGUGCGGUAUUGGAUACAAUGGAUACGAUGCGUCCACUAAAAAGUUCAAAUGGAACAGAGUGCAGAACAUUGCUCCGUUUACCUUUGAAAGUGGGCAAAAUGUUCAUGUCUGCCUUGAAGCUUGGAACAUGAACACUAACAAAUGGUUGAAACAUUAUGUUUACACUAGAAUUGCCAGACGUGGUGCAAAGCCAGGAUUCAAGAGCACGUUAUUUACCUUUGCUACUAGUGCGUUCUGGCACGGCACCAGGCCUGGCUAUUAUCUUACGUUUGUCAUGGGGGCCUUCUUGCAGACUUUGGGAAAGAUUUAUCGUCGAAAUUUGCGGCCUAUCUUCCUUGAAGCAGACGGUAAAACACCUAAGAAAUCCAAAAUUGUGUAUGAUUUUGUUAGCUGGAUCGUCACUCAAUUGGCUUUUGGAUUUGUAUGCCAACCAUUUGUGAUUUUGGAUUUAAAAAAGUCUCUUUAUUGUUGGUCAACGGUGUAUUUUUAUAUCCCUAUUGCAACAGCCGUUACUCUUUUCUUGUUCAAAGGUCCAUAUGCUAAACCUAUCACCAAAUGGUGUCAAAGCAUGGCUCCCACUAAACCGGUUGCUAUCAAAGAGUCAAAGUUCACGCCUGAGGAAACUGCGAAGGUUAACGACGCAGUCGAUCUUAUCCUUAAUGAUAAGAAUCAAUCUCCAACUUUGGGCUUGCCUCCAAUUGAGGCAUUGAAUGAAGCCAGCAAGGAGGAGUUUGAAGCAGAAUUGAAAGACUUGUCGGAAGCAUGGUCUUCAUUUCUUGCGCGGAAGGAAACGUCGCACAACGACUUGGAAGCUUUAAGGGACGCUUAUCAUAACUUCACUCAGGAGAUCAAUGAGAUUAUACUGGCCAGAACAAACGAGUUGCAGAAUGCAACACAUACGAAGCAGGAAUAA